UCAUAUAUUUGCUUCCUUCUCCUCGAAGCAUGGCGACAUCAGUCUGUUCCUGAUCGCACUUGGAGCAGUUUCAUUUCACCCUUUUCAAAACCCUCACAAAAUCCCAAUCCCAAUUUCUAUCCUCAUUUGAUUUGUACGUAUACGCUUCUCUGUCUUUGCGCGUAAUUUCGUUCUAUUCUAACCCGUUUGGCUCCCGAGUAAACUAGGGAACGAGAAGACGAACAGAAAACCAAGGUAUGCCAUUGGAGAUGGUUCUGGUGAUUUAAAAUACUUGGGGGUAUUCUUUAUUUCAGAGUUGAUUCGGCUUUUUUUUGUAAUUAUGUUGGAUGUGAAGAUGGAUGUGGAGGAAAUUAGAAAUAAAGUAGAACUAAAUGAUGUAUGUAAGUGCAAUGAACUGAAAUUGAGGUGUGAAAAAGCUGAAGAAAAGUGUGAAGAGUUAGAAUUGAAGAUUCAGAUAAAGAAGAUCGAGUAUGAAUUACUUCAGGCCCAAAUGAAGAAGUUGGAGUCAGAAAAGUCCGUCAUUGAAUCAGAGCUAAAAAUUUGGAUUGAGAAUGGAAAGAAAGAAGAUGUGAAUUUAGUUGAUAAGAAUGAAAUGGACGAUGAGGUUGUUCAACUUCUGAUUGAGAAUAAUGUUUUGGCUGUUGAGAAGAAGAAGGCUGAAAGUGAGGCUGAGCUGUGGAAAGAUAAGUUCAAACAAUUGGAAAUUCAGAUCUCAAAGAUGGAUGAAAGGAAAGGUGAUAACGAGCCAGUGCUUUCUGGGAAGUUUGAAGGGGGAAUUGGAUUAUCAUUGAGUCCUGAAGCUCGUGCUUCGGAUGGUGUGGCCUUUAACCAUUAUGAUCUUAGUAAAGAAAUUAGUAACUUGGAAGCAGGAACACCUCCAAAUGGCUCAACACCCAAUCCUACUGUUUCCUUUGGGCGAGGAAAGAAAAUUUAUACUGUAGAAUCUUAUUUCAAGCAUGGAAAUCGAGUUAGAAAAAAGUUGAGUUUCGAAGAAGAGAGCCCCUGCAAAAAGAUGGCACCAUUAACUCCAGGUGUUUCUAGACCUUUACAUGGUGUCAUUAACAUUGAUGAUAGUGAUGAUGAAGUAAGUAUUGCCAAAUUGCCCUCUCAGAUUCGAAAAAAGAGUGAGGCUUGUGUUUCAGCCGCUCAAGAUUUAAGUGGAUGUGGAUCUAUUUGUUCUGAUGAGAAAAUUGGCGAUAUAAACAAAUUGAGCGAGUCUGAUUGCUGUACAAAAAAUGUGGAAAAUGUGGAAACUUUUAGUGAUGAAUUUAUCUUUAGUUCAACACCUAAAAGGAUACGUGCUUCUAAUAUUAUAACCAGCGACACUGAAACUGAUGAUGACGAUAAUAUUCCAAUCUGCAAACUGAAAAAAUUGCCUCUUCAGAAAACAAACUGUACACAAGUAGGUUCAGAAUCGUAUGAUGACCCUACUUCUGCGUGUGACAAAGUUGUGGUUAGUGAAACCCCUGCAAGGAGGCGUUUAGUGCCGUUAAGAAAUAACUAUGAGAAAGGAAGUGGAAAGGAAAACUCCUCAAGUCAGAUUGCUGAAAUCAAGAAUGGCAUGAAGGAUGUUGAAGAUGAACUGGAAGAUGUUGGGUCAGAGCUAGAGACUGAGAGUGAUAGCUUGGAAGGAUUUAUUGUUCGCGACUCUGAAGUUUCGGACGUUGGAAGCACUUCUCAGUCAGAAGAUUUAUCAAAUGGAAGUGAAGGGUAUGAUGAGAUAAUAUCUAAGCUAGGAAGGAGAAAAAAAGAAUUGAAAUGGGAGUAUGAGGCUGAUAUGCUUGCAGCUUUUGGCAAGGAUCCUGAAUUGUGUAUGAAGGCUGUGUGUGCCCUAUAUAGACAGCAAACUUCUGAGGAGAAAGUAAGUAAAGCAACGUUGUUUUCUAACAAGAAAGGAUUCAGCAAGUUCGAUGCUAUCAGGGGCACCAGUUUAGCUGAGUUUCUCACCGAUGGCAAUCCACAAGGUAAUCUCAACAAAUCUGUUAAAGAGGUGGAGGAGUAUGACCCGAAUGCCAUUGACCUCUGCAGAAAGUUAGCCACACAUUACUCCAAGCAGUUGUUCGAGAUAUUUGGAAAUAAAGAAGAUCCUUUCUUUUUACCUGCAUGACAUUAUGUCAUUGAUUCCACUGCCAAACAAAUUCAUAGUCAAUGUAAGACUCAACACCCUCUGCUUGAAGAAACUCCCAAAUAGUCUUUUGUUGGAAAGUAGCAUAAAGCACAGAAUGUAAAUCAUAGAGCAUGGUUUUGUUGGACACUUGUUAGGGGGAAAGCUAUAUCGAUAGAGUUAGUUGACAUGUAACCUGUGGAUCUCGUUGUAAAUUUUGUGCAUAUAGGGGUAAUUAUUUAUCCCAUCGUCUAUCUUGGUCUAUGUUACAUACUUGGUUACGUCUUCGGUACCCUUUAUGGUAAUUUGUUUUAGAGAAAAA